AUGUUGGUAAAGCCAUCUUUUGGCUUCGAUAAAAAUCGUUAUAAAUUCUCAUUAUCAUCACUUUCCCGUCAUCAAAAAACAACUGAUCCCGAUCAUUCAGAAUCAAAAUUACAAUCAACAAUCAAUGAUUCUCAACCGAUUUACACAGCACUUGCUUUACAUAAUUUUUAUGCUCAAUCUAAUAGAGAAUUAUCAUUUAAAAAGGGCGAAAUUAUUCAAGUUAUCCGUCGUAUUAAUGAUGAUUGGCUCGAAGGUGAACAUCAAGGUUUAAAAGGUAUAUUUCCUAUUAAUUAUGUUGAAUUAUUUCCCUAUGAAACAAUUGAACAAAAUCAAUACAAUGAAAAAGAACAACAAAUCGAAGGUGAAGCUAUUGUUAAAUAUGAUUUUAUACCACAAAAAACAGUUGAAUUACAAUUACGAAAAGGUGAAAAAGUUAUUCUAUUACGUAAGCUUGAUAAUAACUGGUAUGAAGGACGAAUUAAUCAUAUCGAAGGUAUAUUUCCUGGAGAUUAUAUUGAAAUAAUACGAGAACCAAAAGAUAAUACAUUAAAUCAAAAUAUGCCUAAAAGUGUAUUAAAAAAUCCUACGGAAUUACAACAAACAGCGAUUGAAAAAAUCAAUCUUGUACCAGAAUUAAAAUUUACUAUACAAAAAUGUCAAGUACUUUAUGAUUAUACUCCACAGAAUAUUGAUGAACUUGAACUUCAUGUUGGAGAUAUUAUUGAUAUACUUGAAAAAUGUGAUGAUGGAUGGUAUUGUGGAAUAAUGGAAAAAUCAAAUUAUGGAAAUAAUAUGAAAUUUGGAACAUUUCCGGGCAAUUAUGUUAAAAUCUUAUCUACUUAA